CUCCAUUCAAUCCAAACGUUUGUUUGGUGUUAUAAUAUCAUAUCUGACUGAAAAGUUUAUAGUUUCAAACAAUCCUUUGAUUGAUGGCAAAAAAGCAACCUGCUGAAGUUCGACUGCAGUCGCAACAAAAGGAAUCGCAGGAUUUAACAGCGACUCCUGCAGGCGAGAGUCAUGCAGAUUCUACUCCAGUAAAUCAUUCCAAAUUGUCCAAAAAGGGUCGUAAAGAAAAAAAAACCACUACUCCUCAAUCGUCUGUCAAGACUGAGCCAAACAACACUGACGAUGGUUUGGGUUUGUGGAAAUUGAUUCCUAGUACUGGUGGUCGUUUGAGUAAUUGCAAAACUAUUUUUUCAAAAAAUUCAAGGUGCUUUUUUGUUGGAAAUGGAUCCGAUGUCAAAAUGUUUGCCGUUUCAACUGGUCUAGUUGUAAGAACUCUUAAACUUGCACAUACGGCGGAUGAAUCAAGUAGCGUUGUAUGUGUUGCGAUUGAUCCUCAUCAUCCAACUCAGGUUUUUGCUGCAUAUGCUGAUGGUGUGAUUGCUCUUUGGGAUCACUCUACUGGUACAUUGAUCAAGACAUGGACCACCAAGUUAGAAAUAUCACAAAUCAUAAUCAAUCCAUUGUUGCAAUACGAAGUGUUUUUAGUGGCUCAUGAAAGCCAUGAAAAGUCGGGUCGGUCACAGGUGCAUGAGCAUAGUACAGUGGUCAGGAUUAAUCUUGAAAGCAAGACUGUUAAUGUGUUGUUUGAUUCCAAAAAGGGAAAAAUCAUUUGCAUUGAUCUGGCUUUAGAAACCACAGUACUGGUUGUAGCCACAACAAAUGCGUUUCAUUUAGUGGAUCAUAAUAGCAAGCGUCUCAGUGUUCGUAGUUUCAAUGUGCCUAACAAGAUUGUAUCCAUGGCUGUGAACCCAGCUCAACCAUUUGUUGCUAUUGGUGAUAUACGUGGUUGCAUUAGAUUGUGGUAUUGCUUCAACAUACUUGAAGGCCAAGAGGCUGUUUCGUCUCUACUGCAUUGGCAUGCACAUCAAGUUAAUGAUCUUGCUUUUACCCCAGAUGGCACAGUACUUAUUUCUGGUGGUGACGAAGCUGUGUUAGUAUUAUGGCAGCUUGAAACCGGAAACAAGCAGUUUCUUCCUAGAAUGGGAUCAGAGAUUUUAUCGAUUGGUAUCAGCAGUGAUCAGAUGCUUUAUGCCAUUGGACACAGGAAUAAUUGUGUAAAAAUUGUCUCUGCAUCAGAUAUGAGUACCAAGCAAGCUAUUUCAGGAGUCAGAUCUGCCAACAUCAAUCUCAAAAUGUAUCCAAUGACAGCAGGACUUGUCGUUGACCCACGAAGUUCGAGUAUUGUUUUAAACGGCUCUCCUGGAUCCAUUCAAUUCUAUAACGCUUCUCUUGAACAAAGCACUGCAGAAGUGGAUGUAUCGCCAAGAAACAGAAUUACUCGAAUUGAAGACCGUGAGAUUCUUCGACCACAUGUUCAUCACGUUCAGUUUUCUGAUGAUGGUGAAUGGAUGGCAACCGUAGAUUUUCGUGACGACCGUGUAUUUGCUACUGAAACGUAUUUGAGGUUUUGGAGAUACAAUCUGGACAGUCGUGAGUUUGUAGCCAAUACUCGUGUGGACUCGCCGCACGAUCGUAUCGUUACCAGCUUACGCUUCCAACCCCGUGUUUUCGGACAACCUUUGUUGGCUGUUACUGCUGGAGAGGAUAAGCUAUUCAAGAUUUGGGAAUUCGUUGAGCCUACUAAUGAUCAGGAAACUCCAACCUGGAUAUGCAGAUCAACUGGAUUUUAUAAAUCGUUUGUACCUCAAGAAAUUGCCUUUUCCGAAGAUGGAUGUGUGAUGGCCGUAGCUUUUGGAUCUAUUGUUACAUUGUGGGAUCCAUUUACCAGCACUCAUCAAAUGUCUCUUGCAUAUCCACCUGCAUUUGAGACUGUUACAAAGCUGUCCUUUGUCAAAGGUCAUCCCAUCCUUGUGGCUGCUACUCAGUCAUGCAUGCAUGUGUGGAAUGUGGCCACCACUACUGUGUUAUGGAGUUUGCGUGCCAAAGUACUACAGCUCUUGGCAGAUCCUUGUUCAUCACAGUUUUUGAUUCUAGCUCAAGAUCUUGAUGAAAAUUGUGAUGUUCAGCUUGGCAUGUUUUCACCUUACUCUCCAGUUCCGGAAUUUGCAUAUAAAAUGUCUUCAAAAUGCCAUGGUGUAGUAUUUUCACCAAACGCUAAUGGAUCACAUAUUGUUUAUCUGGAUUCCAAGUUUCGAUUCCAAACAUUUAUCAAGAAUGCUGCAAUGGCUGACGCUCAGCACAAAAUUGCAGCAGCAGAAGCACAUCAUAUCGAGCAAUCUCUAUUUACCAGUAUUUAUGGAAAUUCUGUUUAUAAUGGUUUGGAUUCGGAAGAAACUCAACGGCGCUCUAAUAAGCCAAUUAUGUCUAGCAAAGUAGUUUCCAAUGCGGAAGAUUUGGAUGAGAAUUCUGCCCUCUCCACCAAAUCUGUUAUUCAUGCUCUCGGAUUCCUUGAAGCACCUUCUCAUAUUGUUGCUGCUCCAUCAAGGCUUGUUGAGCCCUUUAUGGACCAAUUACUUGCUCGUCGUAUACCUGCUGAUCUUACCAACGGAAUGGAUACCAGUCUUGUAACUGAAAAAGCAUCUAGUGAACAACCUAUCGCUGAAGUUGCUGAUGUGGAGUUGAUCGAAUUGGACAAUGUAUCUUUCUUGGAUACAUUUUUUUCCAAUCUGUGGAUUACCUGUACCAAGACACGAGAUAUACCUGUGAUCAAGUCCCUGGCGAAUGGAACUGCGAUGGCAUCUCAAGAUUCUUUCAAAAGCAGCCCGGUUUUUAUAAACGAAAAAAUGAGUCCUGAUAUGGCCUCAGUCAAGCAUAGAUCAAAAGCCAAUGGUAGCGUAUCCACUGUUGCUGGAACACCUCUAUCGAAGCCAGUCCCUUCCAAAAUUGCCAAAUCUUCUGCAGUCACUCCAAGCAAGUCGUCAGAUCUCCCCAUUACACCCGACACUGCAAAUGGUAAAUUAUCCACUGGAAAAAAAUCCAAAAAGCGAACGCUGGAUAUUACCAAAUAA